GACCAGGACUUGAGACCAGGACUUGAGACCAGGACUUGAGACCAGGACUUGAGACCAGGACUUGAGACCAGGACUUGAGACCAGGACUUGAGACCAGGACUUGAGACCAGGAGCAGCAUGUUGGGACCAGCAACCAUGAAGACAAACCUCUCUCUUCUUUUUAUUUAUUAGACGUCCUUUUGAAAUCAUUCAAGUAUGCUCGCGGGAAGGCGGCGUGAGUGUCGACGGACACUUUGUGUUUGUGUCUUCUUCUGCGCCUUUUUCUUCCACUUCGGCCAAACUUCGCCCUCGUCCUCCGACCUCCAGGAGCCCGCAGGAGUACCGCACAGACCCGCCGGCAGGAGCAGGAACUGGUGCGCCUUCGUCGUGCAGAAGAACGUCAGCUGUGCCGUGCAAGGCAGCGUGGAGAGCUUCCAGAGGCCUGUGGUGGCCCCGGGCCCCUGCCCGCCCUACAUGACCAACUGCCCCAGGGCAUACCAAACCCGGUUUCUCCCCACAUACAAAAUCUCCUACAAGAAGGUCACAGAGUUGGAGUGGCGAUGCUGUCCAGGCUACCAAGGACCUGGCUGUAGGGAUCGAAAACCCACCCCAGAACGCCACGUAGCGCAGAGAACUCAGCCUGACGAUGGUCCGUCAAAUCCUACGUAUUCAAGCAGACACCCGCAGAGACCAGAGCGCAGAGAGACGGGGCACCAUGAGACAAAGCAUGAAGGGACAGCGGCACAGGUGCACCUUCUGGAAGGUGAAGUCCGGCGCCUCUCUCAGACUGUCCUGGACCUGCAGUCUGCCUUUAAGGAGUUAAAUGCCAACCUGCGGGCAGACCUCCAGGAUGACACAAAGAAGAUGUUGGUGACCCUCUUCAACAACGUGCAACCACCAGUUAGUGCAGCGGUCCCCGGACCUGAGGAGAGUCCUGCAGUGCUGGAUGGCCACCAGGCUUCUAGAGGUGGAAUGGCCGGAGACAAGGUCCUGGAAAAAAUAGAAGCUCGCCUGGACGAUAUCAAUGAUGCGUUAAAAGGCAAGGAGGAGGUGCUGGAAGACCUGCGAGGGGCAGUGACGAGUCACGAGGGGCAAAUCCGUGUCCUGAUGGAUGCCUCGCAGUCGCAGACACCCACCAUGAUGGAGCUGGAUGUUGUUCAGAGCUAUAUCGACGGAAAAGUGGAGAAGCUGAAGAACGAGCAAGACAAAACAAUGAAGGAACAGCUGGACAAGAUACAAGCGUCAUGCAGCAGCAAAAUCCAGUCCUUACAGAAGACCUGCGAGGACAGCCGUGACCAAGGAUUGGACAGCCUGACCACACUGGUGGACAACAAGGAGGCUGCCAUAAGAAAGGAGAUCCGGGCGCUGCGUUUGGACAUGGUGGCUGCAGACGGGCCUUCGCGGACUCAGAGGCAAACAGACCCUGUUAACAAGCAAGAGGACCAGAGCGACCACAAAGACUUGUGGCGUGAGAUCGACCGCAUCACAGAAGCUUACCGGACCCUGAACGCUCGCAUCGACAACGAGUUGGCACACCUGUCAGAGCCUCGAGAGAACGACGACUUCAGCCCGCUGAUUGAAGAGCUGGAGGCCCGCAUCAACGUCACCGAACAAAAUGCAGAGACUCAUUGCUUCUACGUAGAGGGAAAGCUGACGCAGACCAUCUCAGAGGAGGUGGCAUCGUUGCGCCAAGUCCUGGAUGAGCGUCUGAACAACAUGGAGGACCAGUUCACCAGUAUGCUGGUGGAGAUGAGCAAUAACUCUUUUCCAGGGAUGUUUGGAGACUCCAUGGAUGCCAUGCAGGCGGAAGUCAGCAACAACAAGUUCCUCCUGCAGGGUUUGGACGACAAAAUCAACGCCGUCGGAGAGAUGUGCUCCGCAGGGUGCUCCGGAUCGGAAGCAACUGUUGGCGCAGGAAGUUUCUUACCAACAAAUACGAGUCUAGAAGACAUCCGGACUGAUCUGCGUCGCUACAAAAACGACUUAAAUGUCCUGCACACGGUCGUCAACGCAAAUACUGACAAGCUGCAGCAAAUGCAGGACGACGUCGGAAAGGAUUCAGCUGGCGGCGACCAGGGUUCCAAGACUAUGGAUGACUUCCAGAAGGGGUUGAGUAACCUCCAAGAUAACGUCCUUAGUCUUGCCGGUGCAGUCACUGGCCUGAGUGACUCCUUGAGCAAAUACAACCAAGACAUGCUCCAAAUAAACGCAACGUGCUGCCAGGCGGGAAAGAAGCCGGCGCUGGACACUGCCGGUGUCCACACGGAGGAGCUGAAGAACAAAGUGGACACUCUCAGCAAGCAAGUGUCCACCGUGUUAAUCCGAUUUCAAGGAGUGGAAGGACGAGUGAGCACGCUUGAGAAGGUGGGCGGAGCCUCUGCUGGUAUUGGAGAGCCAAGAAGCGGCCUGGAGAGACAUGUAAGACUGCUGCAAGACGCCGUGGACAAGAUGAACGCCACUUAUGGAGGCCACGGUGCAGACAUCGUGGAACUAAAGAAAGCGCUGCAGAGGUUUCAGGCCCAGCUGUCCGUCAUCGUCAGACAGGUUUCCAAAGACAUCACUGCCAAGGAGCCAGGUUUGGUUCUUCGACCCGAGCCCCCGGCCGUACCCGCCUACACCCCGACCAGAGGCCGAGUGAGACAAAUCCACAUACCCGUCAUCAUCCCUCCUCCGCCGAGACAGCCCAGCCAAGGCGGGCAAGCCGUCAUCCACACCGUCAACGUGGCCCCGCCCAAGCAGCCGUCCAGCCCCCAGCGACCCGGCCGCCACGGCGUCCCCGUGUCGCCCAGCAGACCCGUGGUGGAGACGGGCGAGGCGGGGCCACCAGGGUACAUGCGCAGGGUGACAGUGCGGAGGGACUCGGAGGACUCCUCCUCCGCGCUGCCCGUCACAGGCUUCGCAGGAGCGCCAGCCUCUCCUCCUUUGCAGACAGCAUCUUUUCAGCCUCAGCCCGGCAGCCGCAAAGCUUCAGUCAAAAACCAGGCCUUCAACGAUCCUUUCUCCUUCUCGGCCGGCCUCACUCGCCAGACUUUCUCCGGAGACUUUGGCGUCAUCUGCUUCGACAAAGUUCUGGUUAACGACGGGGGCCACUACAGUCCCUCCACAGGAGUGUUCUCAGUACCAGAAGACGGACGAUACCUCAUCUCAGGACUUCUGACUGCCAAGGAGGGCGAGCGCAUCGAGGCGGUGCUGUCCGUGUCCGAGCGGAGUGUUCAGAGGCUCCAGAGCUCGGCGGCGGCGGCGGGUCAGCCCAGGAGCUCAGAAGUUUGCGCUUGUGGAGGCUCUGUGUCCUUCAGCCUGAUCCUGCACCUGAGGAAAGGAGACCGGGUGGGUCUGGUGAGGACCGCAGGCCAGCUGGCCACCACCGAGGCCAGGGAGAUCCUGUCCACCUUCAGCUGCAUCUUCCUGUACAGACCACCGGCAGCCCACCGCCACAGAUAGCCGCACCUCAAAGACUGGGAGAAGUCACUUUUAUGCACAUGAACAAUGUUCAACGGGAGCAAAAUUUGUUUCUAAUAUUUUUUGACCUGCAUUGUAUCUUCGCUCUGUGAAUGCGUGACUCGGUGACAUCAUCAAUGACUUGUGAUCAAUCACAUUUAGCAGCAGCUCCGCCCUGAAGAGGAGCGACGGGUGAUUCAUUAACACAUAAUGAUUUAUGCUUCUUUCCACAUCCAGUCUUCUGUUUGAUGACAAAAUGUGAUAUCUCCUAAUCGGAUAACACACCUGCAAACUGCCAAAAACACCUUUCUUCUUCUUCAGCGAACAACGUGCAGACGGGAAAGGCCUGCUGGAAUAACGCCGGGUUGACUUUUCACCAUUUCCCCAACAAAGAUGACACAAAGGAGGAUGGAUUGUCUUUUAAGGAUGAAAUCAAUAAAACAAAAAGCAGUGAAA